AGGACAAAUGUCAUCUCGGUUCGCGAUUAUCACGUAAAUUUGAUGAAGUUUUAGAAGAGCAGGAAAGUUGAUGUAAUAAACGUGGUUGUGAUUAUAGGUGAUUAUCUCUCUUGAAUAUUGUAACAACUAACAUAUAUCAAGAAACAUACUGCGAUAUAAAUAGAAGCGAUGGAGGAAUAUGCAAGAGAACCCUGCCCGUAUAGAAUCGUCGACGAUUGCGGUGGUGCUUUUGCAAUGGGUUGCAUAGGCGGUGGUGUGUUCCAAGCGAUAAAAGGAUUCCGAAACGCACCGUCUGGAUUUAGUAGAAGAUUGGUUGGUAGUUUAACAGCAAUCAAAACCCGCUCACCGAUUAUCGCAGGAAACUUCGCAGUCUGGGGUGGCAUGUUCAGCACAAUCGAUUGCACAUUGGUUCAUUUUCGCAAGAAAGAAGAUCCUUGGAAUUCUAUAAUCAGCGGAGCAGCGACUGGUGGAAUCCUAGCGGCACGUAACGGUGUUGGGGCAAUGGCUGGCAGUGCGAUAAUUGGUGGUGUUUUGUUGGCGCUCAUUGAAGGUGUUGGCAUUAUGUUCACACGGCUUUCAGCCGAACAAUUCCGUUCACAACCAAUCGCGGAAGACCCAUCAGCUCUUGGUGAUCCGGGACAAAAUGCGACACCCUCCAGUUCGUCAUCUUCGAUGCCAUUUGGAUUCGGUCAGUCAGGACAAAAUUACCAAUAAGAAGACUUUAUGUUUAUAGGUUCUUGUUACAAUGUAUGGUUCAUGAUACAGCCAAAAUCGAUUGACUGUUGUAAAUUAAAUGGGUGCACGAGUUUAGUUUAGUUACUGAUUCCUCAUCGAAGGCGAAUGUGAUUGUAUGCCCGUGAGAUCAAUCAGCUUACCGAUAAAGAGUCACUCUUCUUGAUUUUGCCGGCGGUUAGUUGCUAAUAGUUUCAUGUGAUCCAUCUUUGAUUGACAUUCUUUUUUUUUACAUUCACAGGGAAAGAAAUCGAUUAAAAAUGAUGUUUAAUUUCUUUCUAUAUCUUUGUACGUCUGGAACGAAUACAAAAUUUGGCAUAAUUUAAAGUAAUUCUCUAAUCGAUGUAUAGUCAGUAGACGUGAAAAAAAUACAUGGAAUAGAAGUAAUCCUGGAGACGUUCUAAAGGCAAUGCAAUGUAAGAUAUGCAGUCGCUAACAUGUAUCUGAGAAAAUAUAUUUCUUUUUGAUUUAUUCGAUAUAAGAAAAACUGUUAAAGACACAAAUAGGAAAUCUUUCUUUUCAACAAAUUUGAAUAAAAUCUAAACUUGAAUCGGAUAGAAAAUAUCCAUAA